AUGACGAGGCAGCCCAUCGACGACCGAACUCUCACCCCCAACACCACCCUCCUCCGCCUUAUCCAGUCUUGGGCCACUGGAGCCUGCAAAUCCUCCAACUUGUCUACCGUCGUUACGCCGAAGCCUGGCUUCAGCAUCUCUGAUAUCCUUUCUGAGCUUAGCGAUGCCAUGAUCAAUCCUGACCUCCAAAUAAAAGCUCUGAAGAAGAUCAGGUCACUGGUACAAGACGAUGCUGACAACAUAGCUUGCAUGGAGAUAGCCGGCAUCACGUCUCUCGUUGCAUCACUAAUCGCAAGACAUGAAUCACCGUUGGAGACUAUAAAUCUCAAUGAAGCUUCAACAGCAGUUGUCGAGGCCAUGAGUGUGCUGCGUCUCCUUGAGCCAUCGCCUGAGACGUUACAACAAGUCUCGGAGCACAAAAAUGGUGAGCUCAUCACGUCUCUAUCUUUACUAUUGCAUAGAGGUUCUUACCGAUCUAGAAAUCAUGCCGCCCUACUCCUUCGCUCGAUCUUUAAAGUGGUCGGCCAUGGCUACAAAACCAGUCUACCCCCUAGUCUAUUUGAAGGGGUGGUGGAGAUACUUAAAGACCACAACUCGAGCCGUGCAACAACCAUGGCUUUGCUAUCUAUUCUAAUUGAAGUGCUUCCUCAUGGGAGAAACCGAGUGAAGGUGGUCGAGGCCGGGGCUGUGGCUGUGAUAGUAGAACUAUUGGUGGAGGAGAGGGAGGAUAAGAGGAAGUGUGAGAAUAUGUUGUAUCUAUUGGAGUUGGUUUGUGGGAGGGCAGAGGGAAGGGCAGCCUUGAUGGCACACCCGGCAGGGGUGGCAGCAGUGGUGGGGAAGGUGCUGAAGGUGUCAAGCAUGGCGAUUGAGAAGGCAGUGAAGGUGUUGGGGUUGUUUCGUAGGCAUUGUGGGGUGGUGGAGGAGAUGAUGGAGGUGGGAGGAGUGGGCAAGCUUUUCAUGGUGGUGCAGGUGGAGGGCAAUAGGAAGAGCAAGGAGAUGGCUAAGGAGAUCUUAGGGAUGCACCUGAAGGAAUGGAGCAAGCUCCCUUGCUUCUCUUCCUGUUACUUGGCAUAUUGA